CACAAAGCAGCCCUCCGUUGCCAUGGAGCUGCGCGCCCAAACUACGCAGCCUCAGACCCACGGUGGCUGGGGGGCAGUCGGGCCGUUAAGAGGCCAUCGUCUAGCGGCUUAAGGAACUGAUCCUGCGGGGCCAGUGCUGAGGAACCGUCGCUGAGGAUCUGUUUCUGGGAGGCGACCUAGUUACUGGACCACUUUCUAGGGGUCAUUUGUGAGGAGCUGUUGCUAAGGGGCAGUCGCCAGGGACCAUUCUUGAGAGGUUGCUGCUGAGGGACCACCACCGAGGAGCCGUUCCUGAGGAGGUUUUGCCAACAGUCCAGCCCAUUCUUGGGGGACCUUUGCUGAAGUCUCAUCGCUGAGGGACAUCACUGGGCUGGCCAGAGAGCUAAUUUCUGUCUCCCAGUAUGGAAGAACCUACUGUCCAGUUUUCUGAUGAGGACCUUGUGGACAACUUCCCUCCUAUGGAUGAUGAAAGAGUCCAGUUGGAGGAUCUGGAGUUUGAGGUAGAACGGCCUCCGGAGGGACUAGAGGAUGAAGGCAGCCACAGUUCAGCAAAAAAGGAGAGCAAGGGUGCCGAGAAAAUGAGGAAGACAACCACUAAAGACCGAGUCCAGGCGUUUCAUCUUCGGAAGAGCUUGAACCUCCUAGACAAGAUGCAUGAAGAAAAGGACGUGUUCAUCCAGAAGACCAAAGGGGAGCUGCGUAUCUGUCGUCAGAGAAUGGACCUCCUCAACAAGCAGCAGGAGAGCUUGGCAGCUGAGAUCGCCACAGAGAAAGAAGCCAACAACAUGGCUGCUAUUGGCCGUCUCCAGGCUGCAUCCAGGCGCCUGCAAACAGAGCUAGAGAACGAGAAAGAUCUGCAGUCCAAAAUCACAGCCAUGCUGAAGGACAGCGAGAAUGCCAUGUGGCACAUUGAGAUCCAGAAGGGGCAAUUUGAGGAUGUCCGGAAGCACCAUGAAGAAGAGGCAGAAGCUAGACAGAGGGGCCUUGAGGUGCACUCAGCUCAGCAGCUUCAAAGGGAAAGAGAAGCCAUGGAGAAGUCAGAAAGGAACCGCCUGCUGAGGGCCCGGAAAUCUUUGCAUACACAAAAGGAGCUGGGGCUGAGACAUCAGAAGCUAGUGGAAGAUGCCCAGAGAAACCACAGAAUCGCAGUGAAGUUCCUGAAGGCCUCUCUGGGAAGAGUUCGUGAGCGAGAGCAGAAGGAAGAGAUGGAGUCACGCAAGCACAUGCAACGGCGCAUGGAUGCCGUGCUGUCCCUGAAGAACAACAUCACUGCCAGUCGGGAAACACUAAAAAAGUUCCAAGCAUGGGGCCAAACCAGGGCAGAUCUGGCUAAGCAGAAGGCCCUUACAGAGAAAGAAGUGAUCCUAUCCCAAGGCGGAGAUGCCUUCAAGUACCUUUUUCAUCAACGCAGGCACCAGGAACUAGAAGCCCAGAAACGGGCUUUUGAAGAGGAGCAGAAACUCCGGAAGCAGGAGAUUGUAAGUCGGAUUUUGAAAGAGGAAGCUGAGGAAGAACAAAGGAAAAGGAGACAGCAUCCUCUCUCUAAACCCAUAAACCGCCGGACUCUGAGAGACAAGACCUGGCAGUACAUCUCUGACUUUUGCGAGGGGAAGAGUGUGCUGACCAGCCAGCAGGAGCAUGAGCUGCUAUUAUACCCAAAGACUGUGUGUGUAAUAAAAGCCAUCUCUAGUGAGUCUGUUCAAGUGGACCUAGGAAGCAUCAGUACAGAGGAAGAGGUACUGGCUGAACCAGAUAUUUCAGGGCUUUGGAACAAAGAGUCAUACCAGUCAUACCAGGUGCCCAAGGAGGACAUGGAACGAAAACCUGUGGGCGGAAGUAAGAUGGAAAAGGAUAUCCUGGCUCGGACUAUGGAGCAGCUGCGCAGUGGGGUGGUUCAAAAGCAGGUGGUAUCUGGUCGGGAGUUCAAGGGCCGCCCAUUCAACAGCAAGCCUGAGGUCAUCCACUUCAAGGACUUUGAUAUUGGCAAAGUGUACAAGAAGAAAAUCACGUUGAUCAAUGCUACUUACACAAUCAACUAUUGUAAGCUGGUGGGUGUGGAGGAGAACCUGAAGGACUUCAUCCACAUUGACUUUGAACCCCCUGGUCCCAUGUCAGCUGGCAUGUCCUGUGAAGUCCUUGUCACCUUCAAACCUAUGAUAAAUAAAGAUCUGGAAGGAAGUGUCUCGUUUUUGGCUCAGACGGGCAGUUUUUCUGUUCCACUGAAAUGUUCAACGAAAAAAUGUUCUCUGUCCCUUGACAAGGAGCUCAUUGAGUUUGGAACCUACGUGGUGGGUGAGACCACAUCUCGGAUCAUCACACUGACCAAUGUCGGGGGCCUGGGCACCAAAUUCAAGUUUCUCCCCGAUUCUGAGUUCUAUGAGAUGGAUGAGUCCCAGCCCGCCAUGAAAAUAAGCAGCCUCUUCACCUGUGAGGAAAAAAUUAUAUAUGAGAAGAUCAUGACCAGCCUUUCUGAGCAGCAGCUUGAAGUCAAUGACUCUUCCCUAGUGGACCUCCAGAGCCUGAAAGAUUCUGAGAAGCAGCUGGAUGACACAGAGGUUACUACAGCUGCAGUCAGUGCCAUGACCAUGAUUCCCAGUGAGGAGCAGGCAGAGAUCACACUGGGGGAGGUGACAGAGGGGGAAAUCGGUCCCUUCAGUUCCAUCAAAGUACCCAUUAUCUUCACCCCAGUUAUCCCAGGAGAAGUCCAAACUAAAUUCAAGGUCAUGUUUAAGAAUCUACAGAGUCCAACGUUAUAUUUCAGAGCCACCGGUACUGCCAUAGAUGUGCCAGUCUGGGUGCCAAAGGCCACGGUGGACCUGAAGAUCUGCAUGUAUGACCGACUCUACCAGGACUCCAUCACUGUCCACACAAGAUCAAAAGCAGCCCUGCGCCUAAAGUUUGAAGUCUGUAAGGAGCUGAGAGGCCACAUAGAGCUUCUGCCAGAAACAGGCUACAUCCAGGCCCAGUCCACCUACUCAGUACAGCUCAAGUUUCUGCCUCGACAAUCCCUCCCAGAAGAUGCAAGGAAGUAUUUUGACCCAGCCAGUCGAGUUCUGGAGGCUCCAAUGACCAUCCGGGUAGCUGACCAGAUCAAACCAGUGAGGUUCACUGUGCAAGCCAUUGUCACCACCUCAGACUUGGAAAUCAACCCCUCAGAAAUAAACUUUGGCUAUUGCACCAUCUAUGAGGCCAUCAGGACGGAGAUCUGCCUCAGCAACCUCUCACUGUUGCCCCAGGAGUUCGGGUUCGUUGGACUUCCCAAGUAUGUGGACAUCCAGCCCAAUGACGGGUUUGGGACAAUCUUGCCACUGGAAACUUUGCAUCUCGAUGUGAUCUUCCAGCCCAUCAAGGCCAAGGAAUACAAAUUUGAGCUGGUCUGCAAAUCUGAGAUAAACCGGUGCUUCAAGGUGUCUUGCCAAGCAGUAGGUGUCCACCCACCCCUGGAGCUGUCCCACUACCAGAUCAAGUUCUCAGCCACGUCCCUGUAUGACACCUCUGUCUCCACACUGUAUGUGAUCAACUCCCACCUGAGCAUGAACAAGAUGAUCCACUCCUUGCCUCGGAUUGGCUCAGAGGAAGCCGCCCCAGUGGGACCAACAUCCUUUGAGUUCUUGCUGCCUCCUAAUUCACCUAUCAUCAUCUCCCCAUCUGUGGGGACUGUGUUACCAGGAAAGAGGUGCUUGAUCCAGGUGGCCUUUCAGCCUGUACUGCCAAAGGAGAUAAUCUAUGAGGAAGCUUCCCAGAUCCUGAACAAAGAAAUAGAGACCAAGCCUGUGUUCCAGAAGGAAAUAGGGCAAAGGAAAGAACUUUGGAAACAGUCCUUGUCUGUGGUCCGGGUUCACAACCGGGAUCGACCAACCCGGGUCUCCACUCCCCAAGCUACAGAGCUGCAGAGGCCAGUGAUCAAUUCCAGUUCCACUGAGUUCCAGAUUGCACAAGCCACCUUGUCCAAAGCCUUCCAGGGGAAGUUUAACAGGUUUGUGAUCCCCUGUGUUGUUGCCAGUGGUGACAUCAAAGACAGGAAGACAGCGGAACCUCUGAGCUUCAGCCCCCAUAAUACUCUAUAUCUGGAGCUGUGGUGCCCAGCAGUGGCUCCAUUUAUUGUGGUGACAUCCCACAAAGGCAAGACUGACUUUAACUUCGGGGAUAUUGCUGUGGGGCAUCGAAGCGUAAAGAAGAUCACCCUCCAGAACAUUUGCAAUGAGGACCUUACUCUGGAGUACUCAGUGUUGAACCCCAACGGCCCCUUCGUCAGGCUAAACCCUUUUAACAAGCUGCGCUCUGGUGAGACACAAACCCUGGUGCUGUCCUUCUCGCCUCAUGAGAACAAACUGGCUCAAGAAACUCUGGACAUCAUCACCAAGAGAGGCACUCUCAGUCUCACCCUCUUUGGCAUGGGUGUGGCAUCCAUGAUUACGUGCUCCAUUGACGGCAACAUCCUCAACAUGGGCUAUGUGCUUGCCAGAGAAUCUGUCUCAACAAAUUUUAAGCUUCAGAAUGAAUCCUCGCUUCCCAUUAAGUUCUGGGUGCGUCUGGAGAGCCUCUCCAAAAAAAAGACUGAGGCCCACCAGCAGCUGCCAAAGUUCAUUACCUCCCAUGAGCAGAGGACAGAAAUAGUUGGCACACAGAACUACAAUGGUCAGAGUGUGUUCAGUAUUGUCCCAGUUGAGGGCCUCAUGUUCCCUGGGAAGGCUCAAGAGUUUACCGUCACCUUCAGUCCGGACCACGAGAGCCUCUACUUCUCUGACCUGCUCCAAGUGGUGCUCUUUGAAAAGAAAGUCUCCCACCAGAUCCUCUUGAAGGGUGCUGCCCGCGAGCACAUGAUGUUUGUGGAGGGAGGAGACCCACUGGAUGUGCCUGUGGAGUCCCUGGCAGUAGUCACUGCUUUUGACCCAGAGCAUAAAGAAGAAGCUGAGGAGCUAAAGCCCAUCCUGGUGACCUUGAACUAUGUCCAGCUGGACAUAGACACAACAACCUCCCCUGCCACCCGAGAGCUACAAGUGGGCUGUAUCCGGACCACACAGCCAUCACCAAGGAAGACUGUGGAGUUCAGCCUGGACGGUGUAUCAUGGCUUCAGCACAAGGGCUUCUCCAUCGAGCCCUCCAGGGGUUCUGUGGAGCGUGGUCAGACUAAGACCAUCAACAUCUCCUGGGUACCACCUGCUGACUUUGAUCCAGACCACCCACUCAUGGUGUCAACCCUGCUGCAGCUCCGGGGAGACGUAAAGGAAACCUACAAAGUCACCUUUGUAGCCCACGUGGUCACUGGGCUUUGAGGACACAGGAAACUGCAGAGCCUCCUGGACUCUCCUAUCCACCUUGAACUGCUUCCCAAGCUGUGGGCCAAGGCAACCCAUUCUCCUAGGCCUGGGACCUGGCCAUCCCCUGCUGGAAAGGUUCAAGUGAACAGUCCCAGAGCCAGAGCUUCCAGCCCUACAGACAUAGCUAAUUCCUUCUGCCCUGUGAGCGUCUAAGACCACACACACACACACACACACACACACACACACACACACACACACACCAAGAAAUACUAAUCCAUCCAAGUCAACACACACACACAGCCUGCUCCUCGAUGCACCAUUCCCACCCACAGAACCCAAACCCACCAGCACCUCCCCAGGCUUCGGAGAUCCCAGGAGAUCUCAACAUAGGCCUAUCAAUAAAC